AAAGUCAAAAUUUUAAAGAGAUGAACUGCCUAUGGAUGUCACGUACAAUCAACUGAUACACACGUGACGACAGAUCAUUCGGGAUCACACAAAAGGUCACGACGAACAUGCCAAGAAGUGAUCGUACACAAUGGAUGGACCAAGCGCGUACUCUAUUCAAAAAGAAAACCAUGAUCAUUUACCCAUCACAGAAAGAAGAAAAAAGUCAGAUGUUUUGAGGAAUCUUUUAUUUGGGUCUAUGGUGGUUGGCGGACAGUGCGGGCAGAAUGUGGUACUUCCACUMUUUAUUGACUCUGCUCGAUACGACGACAAUUCAACAUCUUUAAAUCAUUCCUUUACUGCKUAUAAGCCUUUCAUGGAUAGCUAUGCUGUUACUGUAUUCUCUACAAUCAUGUUUGCAAUUGUGUUUGGCGUGUUGUUUGCAGUUAGAAGGCUUAGAAUGUAUCUUAAAGGKGAAUGUUUUGAUCGCCGCGUACCUCACAGACUCAUAGCACUAUCUGGACUUCUAGCGGGAUUUGCUGGUCUAAUCAUUGUAUACUCAUCCAGUGGUAAACGUACAGCYCCAUAUCUUCAAGCAAUUUUAGUCAAUGCAGCGAUACCAGCAACAUUGAUUCUCCGGUACCUUCUUCUAAAAAAAUCGCCAACAAAGCAGAAAUUGAUUUGUGCAUUGACGAUAGUAUUAGCAAUAUUUAUUUGUCUCCUGCCAUCAUUGGUUCCUGAGAUUGACCCAAAACAAGCAAACAACAAAGAGCAGGGUGGAACUACUGGAUGGAGAGGGAUAUUUUGGCCAUGCUGUUUUAUGAUGGGAUUUGUAAUUACAGCAGUUGGGUAUACUAUACAAGAAAAAAUCUUUCAAUAUCAAAAUCCUCAGUCAACAAAGAAAGUUGAUAUUUUCUAUAUCAUGUUCAUCUCAAUGCUCUUCCAAUUAGUUGCUUGUGUUGCACUCUUCUGGACUGAUGCCAUUCCCAUAUUUGGCAAUGUCAACAGCAUAGAAAAAGUAUUCCUGAAUUUUGUGUAUGGUUUUCAGUGUGUAUUUGGCUCUGCUGGAUGCUCACAUUAUCCUGCCUUAUAUGGUUGGUUAUUYAUAGCCUGUUUUGUUUGCUACUGGCUUGGGUCAGGAUGCCUACUACGUUACUCAGAAGGAGCAACAUUCUUAGCCAUUGUUACAGCAAUAGUCACUCCAACAGGAUUUCUAUUUUGGACAUUGUUUAAAGAGCAACCUACAUUUCACUGGCAUCCUCAGAUGAGUGUGACAGUAUGGUUAAACAUCAUAGGUCUUGCUAUCAUGGUGCCAUCUAUCUACUUAUACAAUGUUGAAAGGUGGAUACUAGACCAAGUCGGACUCUCUUUGGACUCAGAAACAGAAAGAAUAGAACUCCGAGCGCGAAGCUCGAGAAAAAAAGGGAGCGCGGACCUUGUGCCAGGGGGCUAA